AUGAAGUUUCACUUCAAUAACUCUAGAGUGGAGUUGAAGGGGGUUCCAUCAAAGAAGCUUAAGGUGAUUCAGGAUGGUCCUUCAACCAAACUGCUUGAUAAUGCUGCUCAGGGUUAUGCUAGUAUAAGUAAACCCCUCACUGAUUUAUUGAAGAAAGGUGCAUUUGAGUGGUGUGAUGCUGCUCAACAGGCUUUGGAAGCAUUAAAAAUUGCAUUGGUUACAACACCUGUCCUAGCAAUACCAGAUUUUUCAAAGCAAUCCUUAGGCCCUAAGUGGCAGAAACUCUCAAUUCAUGAGAAAGAGCUGUUGGCUAUGGUGUUUGCUGUGCAGAAAUAG